AUGGAGUUACCGCCUAAUACUUGUGUUGAAUGUGAAGAAGCUCUUAAUGCCUAUUUAUGGUGUUGCCCAUGUCAAAUGGAAAGGCAUAAGCAAAAUUUUAAAAAUUGGUCUAGCGGCAACAUUAAAAUUGAUUUGCUUAUUCAAAGUACUCAAUUAAACGCAACUAAAAGUAUGAAUUCUCAAACUUUAAGUGAAAAAUAUUUUGAUAAUAUCCUUAAACAUCAUCAGUAUCUAUAUGAUGAUUCGGUAGCUGAUUUUUUUGGCAUAUCACAAGAUCCUACGGGUUGCUUCGUUUUCGUUAUGAGAUUAUAUGAUGAAAACUUGUAUCAUUAUAUUGAUAACGCUAUGGAAACUAUUCGUUGGGAACAUACGAUUUUUAUGCUUCAAGAAAUAAUAGAUGGGCUUAAGCGAAUACAUAAAAAUGGUCUAUAUCAUGGCAAUCUUCACGGUGUAGAAAUAAGUAAUAAUCUGAACAAUUGGAUAACAUCUAUACGAAAUAAUCCAAAUUCAACCACUUCAAGACAAUUUCGCGAAGCUAACGGAGAAAGGUCAAUAUUCGAACGUCGAACUAUUAAUUCUGAUGCAAUAUAUAAUA